AUGUCUCAGAAACACCAGCUCAAGGUGGAGCUCUACAAGGCUGCAGGAAUUCUAGAUGAUUUGUGCUUGUACAACUCAGCCAAGUGGGUUACCGAGGCUCUUCAAGGGUUGGCAGAAUCCGAGGAGCUGUUUGAGUUUACAUCAGAAGUAACCGCUAAGGAAGAUCGAUUUCUGUACAUGUUGGCGAAAAACUACUUCAAUUGCAAAGAGUUCGAACGUGCAGCACACACGCUACGCAACUGUGUUUCUGGCGAUGCCUUGUUCCUACGGUUAUACGCCAUGUACCUCAGCAUAGACAAGAAGGCUACUGAGGAUACAGAUGGAACCAUCAACUAUCUGCACGUCCAGAGUAUGCUUAAAGAGGGUAGCACAGAACGUCCAGAAACUGUGGAAGAGCUCAAUAGCAGCCUCGGGAAGAUCAUGGGUGACAUUGAUCUGUACCAUGAAAAGAACGACGAGAAUGCUCACCUCCAGUUCUUGGCUGGAAUCAUAUACAACAAGAAGAAGAAGCACUCCAUGGCACAGCAGCGCCUUUUCGGUUCGGUUAAACUAUUUCCAUACAACUGGAGCUGCUGGCAAGAGCUCAUAGCUACCAUUCCCACAUUUGAGGAAGCUCAGGUCUUUAUUCAACAAGUGAGAAAGAAAGAGCCUGCCUUUGCCGGGCACAUCAUGUUUCAGUUCUUCGAGGUCGUGAUUCUCCAGGAGUUCUACCAACAACUGGAGGCAUUCACCGAUAAGGUGCUGUCCUUGGUUGAGCUUUUCCCCGAAUUCAUCUUUCUCAAAAUUCAAAACUUCCUCGUGGCCUACCAUGGUCUUGACUACUUUCAGGCGGAGCAAAUGUUUGACGAGAUUAUUGCUAAGGAUCCGCUACGGCUAGAUGACCUUGACACGUACUCCAACAUGCUUUACGUGAUGGAGAAGAAAUCCAAGCUAUCAUACCUCGCCCACUAUGCCUCGCAGGUCGACAAUUACAGAUCGGAAACAUGUUGCAUUGUCGCAAAUUACCAUUCAAUGAAGGGAGAGCACGAGAAGGCCAUCAUGUACUAUAAACGUGCCUUGCUACUAAACAAGAAUUGCCUAAGUGCGUGGACCCUCAUGGGUCACGAAUUCGUGGAGCUUAAAAACUCCCACGCAGCUAUCGAGUCUUACAGAAGAGCUGUCGAUAUCAAUCCCAAGGACUUCAGAGCAUGGUACGGCUUAGGACAGGCCUACGAAGUCUUGGAUAUGCAUUUGUACGCCUUGUACUACUAUCAAAGAGCCACAAACCUUCAGCCAAUGGAUAAACGUAUGUGGCAAGCAAUUGGCAACUGUUAUGAGAAGAUUGAAAAAUGGGAAGAGGCUAUUCGUUCAUUUGAAAAAGCUUUGGCAAUUGACAGUCUCAAUGAGGUGGACUCAGAGGAGCCCCAUGUGAGCAUCGAGCCCCAUAUCUGCUACAAACUCGCCAAUAUUUCCGAAAAGCUCGGGCGCUCCAAAGAGACGUAUCGAUUCAUGAAACUAUGCUUGGAGCAGGAGUUCGACUGGGGUGUCAGCGACGAAACCUCAAAAGCAAGGCUUUGGCUUGCUCGGCACGCUUUGCAAAACCAGAGAUACAAUGAGGCGUACGAUUUGGCGAAAGAGUUUAAUUUUAAUAAUGCGCACGAUGUCGAAGAAGCUAGGGCAAUAGCAAGAGAAGCUCGGGUCGAAUGA